GCGCGGGGGCCGGCGCCAAUGGCGGCAGGCGGAGGGGGCGGUUGAGGGGAGCCCUUGUCCGUCGCGCCCGUUCGCCGCCGACGCUUUCACCGGCCCUCGCUGUCUUCCCCCCUCCCCGGCCGCCAUGGAGGCGUUGAUCCCCGUGAUUAACAAGCUGCAGGAUGUCUUCAACACGGUGGGGGCCGACAUCAUCCAGCUGCCGCAGAUCGUGGUGGUGGGCACGCAGAGCAGCGGAAAGAGUUCUGUGUUGGAAAGUCUUGUGGGGAGGGAUCUGCUCCCACGAGGUACUGGAGUUGUCACCCGGAGACCCCUUAUUCUGCAGCUGGUGCACGUUUCCCCAGAGGAUGGUCGGAAAACAGCUGGAGAUGAAAAUGACCCUGCUACAUGGAAAAAUCCAAGACACCUUUCUAAAGAAAUAGAUGCUGAAGAGUGGGGUAAAUUUCUUCACACCAAAAAUAAGAUCUAUACAGAUUUUGAUGAAAUUCGCCAGGAAAUAGAAAAUGAAACAGAGAGGAUUUCUGGAAAUAAUAAGGGGAUCAGUCCUGAACCUAUUCAUCUUAAGAUUUUUUCAGCUAAUGUUGUAAAUCUGACCCUUGUGGAUUUACCUGGAAUGACAAAGGUGCCUGUUGGUGAUCAGCCUAAGGACAUUGAACUUCAAAUAAGAGAGCUAAUCCUUCAAUUCAUCAGCAAUCCAAAUUCAAUUAUUCUGGCAGUAACAGCUGCUAACACAGACAUGGCCACUUCAGAAGCACUUAAAAUUGCACGGGAGGUGGAUCCAGAUGGUCGAAGGACCCUUGCUGUUAUCACGAAGCUGGAUCUCAUGGAUGCUGGCACUGAUGCUAUGGAUGUGCUCAUGGGAAGAGUGAUUCCAGUUAAACUUGGCAUCAUUGGAGUAGUGAACAGGAGUCAGUUGGAUAUUAACAAUAAGAAGAGUGUAGCUGAUUCCAUUCGUGAUGAGUAUGGUUUUCUUCAAAAGAAGUAUCCUUCCCUAGCCAAUCGAAAUGGAACCAAGUAUCUCGCUAGAACACUGAACAGACUACUGAUGCAUCAUAUCAGGGAUUGCUUGCCAGAACUGAAAACCAGGAUCAAUGUUUUAGCUGCUCAGUACCAGUCUCUACUAAAUAGCUACGGGGAACCUGUUGAGGACAAAAGUGCCACUUUAUUGCAGCUUAUUACCAAAUUUGCCACAGAAUAUUGUAACACUAUUGAAGGAACAGCAAAAUACAUAGAGACUUCAGAGCUAUGUGGUGGAGCCAGAAUCUGUUACAUUUUUCAUGAGACCUUUGGAAGAACUUUAGAAUCUGUUGACCCAUUGGGUGGCCUUAACACAAUUGAUAUUCUGACUGCCAUUAGAAAUGCUACUGGUCCUCGUCCUGCCUUGUUUGUUCCUGAAGUUUCAUUUGAAUUGCUGGUAAAAAGGCAAAUCAAACGUUUAGAAGAACCCAGCUUGCGCUGUGUGGAACUGGUUCAUGAAGAAAUGCAGAGGAUUAUCCAGCACUGUAGUAAUUACAGUACACAGGAACUGUUGAGGUUUCCUAAACUGCAUGAUGCCAUAGUUGAAGUAGUAACCUGUCUUCUGCGUAGAAGACUUCCUGUCACAAAUGAAAUGGUUCAUAAUCUAGUGGCCAUCGAGUUAGCUUAUAUCAAUACCAAACACCCAGACUUUGCUGAUGCCUGUGGUUUAAUGAAUAACAACAUAGAGGAACAAAGGCGUAACAGAUUAGCCCGGGAACUGCCUUCUGCUGUGCCACGAGACAAGUCAACUAAAGCUCCAGGUGCAUUGCCACCUGCUUCCCAGGAGACUGUUACUGCUGCUUCUGCUGAGGCUGAUGGCAAGGCCCCUGCAGGAGCUGGAGAUACGUCUCAGGAGCCUGGAACAGGCAACUGGAGAGGAAUGCUGAAAGCCUCAAAAGUGGAAGAGGUAUCAGCAGAGGAAAAAUCCAAGCCAGCUGCAGCCCUGCCUGCUAGUCCUCAAAAAGGGCAUGCUGUCAACCUUUUAGAUGUGCCUGUACCUGUUGCGCGCAAACUUUCUGCCCGUGAGCAACGAGAUUGCGAAGUGAUUGAACGACUUAUUAAAUCUUACUUCCUUAUUGUCAGGAAGAACAUUCAGGACAGUGUGCCAAAGGCAGUGAUGCAUUUUCUGGUGAACCACGUGAAAGACACUCUUCAGAGCGAGCUGGUGGGCCAGCUCUACAAAUCCUUGCUGUUGGAUGACCUUCUGACGGAAUCCGAGGACAUGGCACAGCGCAGAAAAGAGGCAGCUGACAUGCUAAAGGCCCUGCAGCGAGCCAGUCAGAUCAUUGCAGAGAUUCGUGAGACACAUCUUUGGUGAAGACCGUACCAGCCACACUUAUUUAUAUGCAUUGGAGGUUAUAUUGACUUGAAAAUUGCUAGGCAUGGUAUACGGAGUAGAAUUUUUAUUUAUGAACUCUUUAUCUGUGUACUGCAACUGUGUAAAUCUGCUCAUGUAAAGACAGUUGGUUUGAUUUGCAGACAGAAAAAUAUGCUGUAUUUUGCGAAAUAAGUCCUAUUUAAUCCACAUAAUAAAUGGCUCUAAAUGUUUCCUUACCAGCUUUCUGGUGCAAAUUAAAGCAGACCAAGUCUACUGUCUCAGUGACAGUCUCAUUUGAACUUGGGGAAAAAACCAUUAAAGUUCCAGUGCCUGACUUGCUAAACAGGUUGCCUGUUGUUAAGAUGGACGGUGUAGUCUUGUGGCAUAGUUUUAAGCUGCUUUUACAAUAGAAGUUUAAAUACUGUGAAGAGAAGAGAGCACCGAGUAUUUUCUUUCAUGACUAUAUUGCAUGCACUAUGAGAGAUGGAGGUAUAUCAAUUUUAUAGCACAGUAGAGAUGUCUACCGUAUUACUUAAUGUAUGUGUGUCCCCAUUUUUUUCCCCAAAACGUUAAAACUGCAGACGAAACUUUGAACUUCAUUUAAUGGAGUAUCAUGUAGGAAGAACUAGCCUGGAGCUUGCGAACAAUAAUAACAGCCUACUAAAAAGUGGGUGCAGAGUUAUUCAUGUGCACUGGAGCUUGUGUAUGAAUGUUGGGGAUUAUAAUCAGGUACAAGAACACCUUCCUCUUCCUCCCCUGUGGGACCAAGCCCCUGGACCAUCCGGUAGUACGUUUGUUCUGGCAGAAUUGAAAAAAAAUAAAAACGGAUUUCAAAACUGUUACGGGAUAGUAAGUGUUUCUUUCAAAACCAGAUGUAGUUGGUCAGGGAGAAGAGGAUCCCCACACCUUCUUCCAAAUUUUGGAAUGUGUGACAGUGUGAAAGAAAGUCUGUGGGAUUGGAAUAUUUAUACCAGAGAUUACAGUUACUUUGAGGAAAUUUUAUUGUGCUGUAAGUAUUGCUUUUUUUUUUUUUUUUCUUUGAGGACAAUCCUAAAACUAGGGAAUUUUAGGUUGCAAAUUACAUUGAGUUUAUUUUCUUCUGAUUAUAAUUCAUACAGAUAAAUGUUGAUCACACUAGCUGUUAAAAUGUAAACAUUUUAAUUUUUAUGAAUAAAAUUUAUUUAAACUCCAGCCAGCACACUUGCAUGUACUUUUCAAGCAGAUUCACUUUUUUGUAUAAAGUAAAAAUGUUUACUAUGGUGUUGCUGAUAUUUUAACACAACUUGCAUGAAAAAUAGGACACUGCUGUUAACAUCCAUGGCUUGCUACUCACUUUCUUCCCUAUUUCAUCAGUUAAUAGAAAUGCAGUUCCUUUUGUAAGCUGCUAAAGAUUGAAUAUUUAAAAACUGUUAAAACCUCAGUUUACAAGAAGUGUCUGUUUAAAAAUGUAUUUUACUCCUGGUAAUCUUGAGUUUGGAACCAGUUCAAGCACAAGGAGUUAAGUCUGACAGGUGCAACUUUUGGAUACUUUAUGCAUGAUCUGAAAUAAUUGACACAGAAAUAUAUUGUGUAUUUUUAAACAGCCAUUAUAUAUGAAUUACAUGUAAUGAAUACAAAGGAAGUAAUUUUAACUUCUCGCAUUCUGUCCAGGGAUGGGAGUUCUCAGAUUUAAGAAAUGUGACUGUAGUAAAGUUUAAGCGCAAGCCACUUUUCAAAUCGGCUUUGGUGAAUAGUGAAAGCUUUUAAUACUUCUGUCAAAAGCAUUACAUUUCUGUUUGGAAUUCACCUGGCACCUCUUUCCUUUUAUUUUUGACAUCCAAGAAGUCUGUUUUUAACGAGGUAGAGCCGUCCAUAAGUGAACUGUUAGCUAAGCUUUCACUCCCACAGUUCAGUCAACAGUCUCUUGUGAAGAAAUAUUCUGACUUGUAAAGUUUUGAAAUGCUGCGUAAAGCAAAUGAAUUCCAUUUGUUUAAGAAAUUCCUGCAAGUGAUAUCUGGCUCUGUAAUGUUGUGUGAAAUUUCCACAGUGUUGAUUUUGCUUUUUGAAAUGUUACGACUUUUUUUUUUUUGUUGUUGUUGUUGAAGUUUCACAUAAAAAUUUCAAUUUGGUAAUGUUUGAGUGCCAAGAAAUGAACUCGAUUUGUAAACCUUAUUGCGAGUCUUUAAAAAUCCAUGCUGUAACAGUCCUGUUAUUUAAUAAACAGAUAAUACACAAA